AUGUCGGAGAUACCAUUGUGGAUUAAGCUACCUAAAUUACCCAUGAAUUGCUGGAGUUGUGAUUCUCUGAGCCGCAUUGGUAGUGUUAUUGGAUGUCCUAUGUUUGCUGAUGAGUGUACGACUAAACAAACCCGCAUAUCAUAUGCUAGAAUGCUAAUAGAGGUGGAUGUGACUAAGCCGUUACCGGAUGAAAUAGCGAUAAUGGAUGCUAAUGGGGUUAUAUUUCAUCAGAGAAUCAAAUUUGAAUGGAAACCAGAAUUCUGUGAGAAGUGUCAAAAAGUGGGACAUGAUUGCAGAAAAGUCGUAAGAACGCAACAGCUAAAUGUCCCUCCAAAGAAGAAGAAGAAGUUCACUCAAGUUUGGCAGGCUUAUCCUACCAAACCAGCAGCACCAGAAAGGGUCCCUCCACGAGACCAACAAGCACCUCAGCAGUUGCGAGUGUCAACUACAGCGGGGAAAGAUAAUAGUGAGGCCAACAUUAAUGCAGAUGGGGAUAUAGCAACAAUGCAACAAUCACCUCAACAGCAGACUAUGCAACACACAAAUGUGCAAGUUACUGCUGGGACUUGCCCUGCAAUGGCUAAACAGGCUGGUACAGGACUUGCACAGUUGGCUACUCAACAGGUUAUAGUGGAAGAAAGGCGGGAGAUGGACACUAAUGACAAUCCCUCCUCUAGUGGUAAUCCAGAAACUUUACCUUCACAACGAGAUGUGGUAGCCACUUUCCUGCCUCUUGAUGCGGGGGGGAGGGGGGGGGGUAUUCUUAAUACGACCCUAAUGUCUUGGCUAGUAUGGAACAUUAGGGGGACCAAUAAAAGGUACAAACAGAGAGAGUUAUGUACCUAUAUUAGAGAUAAUCACUUCAAACUAGUAGGUUUAGUGGAGACUAGAGUCAAGCAAGAUAAAGCAGCUGCUAUUGCCAAUAAAAUUGCCCCGGGAUGGAAAAUGGUUCACAACUAUAGCCAUGCUAUCAACGGAAGGAUUUGGGUGUUGUGGGAUGAUAACAUUUAUGAUGUGACAGUACUAUCUCUUGAUGCACACUAUGUACAUUGUCAUAUUACUAGCAGAUCACUCAACAUCGACUGUGUCAUGAGUGUGAUAAAUGGGUACAACACCGUGGAGCAAAUAAAAGCCCUUUGGCAAGCGUUAGAGACACUGGCACCACAAUGCAAUAGGCCGUGGUUAAUUUGGGGUGAUUUCAAUGCUUUGCUCACUGUGAAAGAUAGAUGUAAUGGAGCCCCUGUGACUAGCAUGGAGAUCAAGGAUUUUUUUGAAUGUGUUCAUAAUUUGUUAUUGACUGAAGUGGCAUGGAAAGGGGAAUAUUUCACCUGGUCAAACAAACAACAAGACACAAGUAGAGUAUAUAGUAGAUUAGAUAGAGUUAUGGCAAAUGAUGAAUGGAUGCUACAAUUUGGACAUCUGGUGGUGGAAUACAGGCUGCCGUUUAUCUCAGAUCAUUCACCACUAGGGCUGACCAUCAAUGUACCAGAUAAUAGAGUGAAGACUCCGUUUAAAUUCUUUAAUGUAUGGGCUCAACAUGAUACAUUUAUGCCACUGGUGAGGGCUAACUGGCAUAGAAGAAGGAAUUGUAACCAAUUGCAAAAUAUUUGGCUGAAUCUCAAAGGGCUAAGGAAUCACCUGAAGAAACUGAACAAGGAAGAAUUUUAA